UCAUUAGGAUGAGUAAAAACAAUAAUUUUGACAUUCAAAGUCCAUUCUGUGUUCUCUGUGGGCGGACCGAUGACUGCCCUGAAAAGUAUGGAGAAAAAAGGACCUAUGUGGAAUACAAUCUCACUGUUCAUUAUUACUGUUUGUUGAUGUCAAGUGGCAUUUGGCAGAGAGGAGAAGAAGAUGAAGGUGUAGAUGGAUUCUUAAUCACGGAUAUUAGAAAAGAAGUAAACAGAGCUUCAAAACUGAAAUGUAAUAUCUGUAAGAAAAAGGGUGCUUCAAUAGGAUGUGUGGAUCCCAAAUGCAAACGAAGUUACCAUUUUCCUUGUGGGAUACAAAAGGAAUGUAUUUUCCAGUUCAUGGAAGACUUCAGAUCUUACUGUUGGGAGCAUAAGCCAGUCCAAAAGUUUCCAGAUAAAGAAUGUAGAGGAACUUCACAGUGUACAAUAUGCCUGGAUUUGGUUGAACAGCUUCCAAUGUACACUGUAUUGAAAAGUCCUUGCUGUAAAAACGCUUGGUUUCAUCGAGAAUGCUUGCAGUAUCAAGCUUUGAGUGCUGGGAUAUUUUUCUUUAGGUGCACAGUAUGUAAUAACAAGGACAAAUUUCAGAAAGAAAUGUUGAGAAUGGGCAUACACAUUCCAGAAAAGGAUGCAUCUUGGGAACUUGAAGAGAAUGCAUAUCAAGACCUACUGCAAUGUUAUCAACACUGUGACAUUAAAAGAUGUCUCUGCAAGAAAGGAAGAGAUUAUAAUGAACCUGAUAGUAAAUGGGAAAUAAAGCGUUGUCAGUGUUGUGGUUCCCGUGGAACUCAUUUGGCCUGUUCAUCUAUGAAGUCAUGGGAGCAAAACUGGGAGUGCGUGGAAUGCCGGAGUAUCUUCACAAAAGGGAACUAUAGCAAACAGAAAAAGCGUUCUUUGGCUGCAUCUGAAAAGACAGAUGGGACAACUUGUUUGCUGGAAGAGCCAUCUCCAAAGUGUCCUCGGCAGUCACCUGGAUCUCAACGCAAUUUUCUUCUCCAAUCACCAAAGAUGAUGUGCCAGAACAACUUGUCACCCUGCUCACACCUAGAACACCAGCUCACACCAGCAUCCAACAGAGUGACGAUGUCCUUAUCUCCACUGAUGUCAAACAGGAACUGGUCCCUGAGGAAAAAGCAAUUAAGAAAGCAACGAAGAGAAGUUUCUAAUAUACUGAAGGAGUUAAAGCUACAAGUUAAUACAAAAACUACAAGGCUUAACAUCAAUGCAGAAAAUAUCUGGAAUAGUGCUUUAAAAGGAUUUAGACAGCGCAAAUUCAGUCCUACAAACACCAUUGAAAUAAAGUUCACAAACUGCAAAAAUAGAUCAAAGACAGAUACUUUUGCUGCGUCAAAACACCAUUUCUUCCAAUUAUUAAUGCUUCACCUUCAGAAUUCAUCACUGUUUGAGGGCUCUUCUGCAAAGAACUUGUCCCUUGAUUUUCAAGCUGUAAGAGAGAAUCUUUAUUUUGAAGCUGGUAAAAUGAUUGCAGUUUCUCUGGUUCAUGGUGGUCCAUCUCCUGGUUUCUUUUCCAAAACACUGUUCGAUUGUCUUGUCUAUGGUCCAGAGAAUGUGAAGCCAGCUUUGGAAGAUGUUGCUGAUGUUGAUGUAGCACAAACAAUAAAAAUGAUAAAAUACGCAAAUAGUCUGUCCAGUCUACAGUCUACAAUACACGACUGUUACGAAUUCCUUGCUGCUGCUGGAUGUUUAAGACCUAUAACAGCUUUGUGUGAUAAGAAUAUGCUGGUGAAUGACAUAUUGACCCAUCAUGUAAUCAAGAGAAUUAUUUCACCCUUAGAAAGCUUUAGGCAAGGUUUGAAAACUCUUGGUGUGCUAGAGAAAAUGCAAAUGCAUCCAGAUGCAUUCUCUAGUAUCUUGUGCCACAAACCUGAAAGACUUUCAGCAGAAACUAUUUGCGAUCUCUUUACAAUCCACUCGUCAUCAGGUGUAAAUAAAGUUGAAGGUGCUGAUUUUUGGAUAGGUUAUUUGCAAGAUGUGGAAAGUGGUGAGUCUGUAGUGACAUUGGAGGAUAUUCUGCUUUUCGUAACAGGCUCUUUUUCUAUACCGCCUAUUGGUUUUGAUCCUGAACCAACUGUUAAAUUUCUGCAUAUAAGGUAUCCUGUUGGAAACAGGCUCCUUAAUUGCUUAGAGCUCCCUAUAACGAAGACAUACGAGCAGUUUAAAAAUAAAAUGGAGUUCACCAUCAGAAACACACUAAGAGUUGAAAGAGAAUAAACAUUUUUGCUACUAAA